AUGACGAGGAAGAGGCCUGCGGGGCAGCAGGCCGGGCGCUUGGAUCUGAGGGUCACCGUUGCCUUUCUCACGCUGCGGGGAUGUCCAGCCUCCCGAGCCCACAACCUCACUGUGCUCUCUCCCCAUAACUCCACCUUUGUGCAUACCAAUGACGCUGCCUACACUAACUCCUCCGCGACCGUAGAUAUUGUAGAAGGGAAGGUCAACAAAGGCAUUUACCUCAAGGAGGAGAAAGGGGUGACCCUGCUCUACUACGGAAGCUUCCAGAACUCGUGCAUCAGCGACCCCACCCAGUGUGGCCCCGAGGGGGUGACAUUCUCAUUUUUCUGGAAGAGACAAGGAGCGCAGACCCGGCCGGCCUCGUCUGCCUACGGUGGGCAGGUGAUCUCCAACGGGUUCAAGGUCUGCUCCAGGGGUGGUGAAGGCUCUGUGGAGCUGUACACGCGGGAGAACUCCAUGACGUGGGCGGCCACCUUCAGUCCCCCAGGCCCCUACUGGACGCACGUGCUGUUCACAUGGAAAUCCAAGGAGGGCCUGAAGGUCUAUGUCAAUGGGACCCUGAGCACUUCUGACCCCAGCGGGAAGGUGUCUCAUGGGUACGGGGACUCCAACGCCAACCUGGUGAUCGGGACCGAUCAGGACCAGACCCGGCGCUAUGAGAAUGGUGCCUUCGAUGAAUUCAUCAUCUGGGAGCGGGCGCUGACCCCGCACGAGGUUGCCAUGUAUUUCACAGCAGCCGUCGGAAAGCAUGCCGUAUUAUCUUCAACGCCUCCCAGCUUCUCUGUGACACCCACAGCGAUCGCCGUGAUGCCCACAGGGGCCUACCACCCCAUCAUAACCAACCUGACAGAGGAGAGGAAAAACUUCCAGAGCGCGGGGGCUGUGCUCAGUUACCUUCACGACGUGUCCCUCAGCUUGCCUGGCGAAUCCCUCUCACAGGAAACCACCUUCUUAAGAACCAUGGGAGAAGUUCUUCUACUUCCCAGCUGGACAACUGUGUCAGAGGACCAGACGGUGGUGCUGGGCCUGAUCGAGACCAUUGACACGGUGAUGAGGCACGUAGCUGCCAACCUGCAUGCCUGUGAGCCCCAGGUCUCCAUUGUUGGCUCCUCCUCCAUGGCAGAGUACUCGGUGGGGAAAGUCCUCCCCACGACCACGAACACCUCCCACUACCGCUUCCUGGCCCAGGGGCACAGCUACAUCCAGAUCCCGCAUGAGGCCUUCCACAGCCAAGCCUGGACCACUGUCGUGGGGCUCCUGUACCAGUGGGCGCACUGCUACCUGAAGAACAUCCACCCGGCCGACACUAAGAUCCCCAAGGCGGUGGAACACCAAGACCACCUGAUGUCGGCUGCCAGUCUCCUGAUCUCACUGGAGAUGUCCCCACCGCCCACUCUCUCGCAGACCUUGUCAGGGUCUCCGCUGGUCACCAUCCACCUCGCACACAACCUGACACAAAAGCAGACUGCCCAGGCCACCAGUGAGAGCAGCCAAGUCUUCUGGUACUGCGCCUUCCUGGACUUCAGCUCCGGGAAAGGCGUCUGGUCGGACCAGGGCUGUGUGCUCGUGGAGGGGAACCUCAGCUACUCUGUCUGCCGCUGCACGCACCUCACCAACUUCGCCAUCCUCAUGCAGGUGGUCCCACUGGAGCUGGCGCCUGGACACCAGGUGGCGCUGUCGUCCAUCAGUUACGUCGGCUGCUCCCUGUCCGUGCUCUGCCUGACCGCCACGCUGGCCACCUUCGUCAUCCUCUCCUCUGUCAGCACCAUCAGGAGCCAGCGCUACCACAUCCACGCCAACCUGUCCUUCGCUGUGCUGGUGGCCCAGCUGCUGCUGCUCACCAGCUUCCAGUUAGAGCCGGGCAAGACCCCGUGCCAGGUCCUGGCCAUACUCCUGCACUACUUCUUCCUGAGUGCCUUUGCGUGGAUGCUGGUGGAGGGCUUGCAUCUGUACAGCAUGGUGAUCAAGGUCUUUGGCUCUGAGGACAGCAAGCACCUCUACUACUACGGCAUAGGAUGGGGCUUUCCUCUUCUCAUCUGUGUCAUUUCCAUGUCGUCUGCCAUGGACAGCUACGGAACAAGUCAGAACUGCUGGCUGUCCCUGAGGAGUGGCGCUAUCUGGGCCUUUGUGGCUCCCGCCCUGUUUGUGAUCAUGGUCAACAUCGGUAUCCUCGUUGCUGUGACCCGGGUCAUCUCUCAGAUCAGCGCCGACAACUACAGGAUACACGGAGACCCCAAUGCCUUCAAACUGACCGUGAAGGCCGUGGCAGUGCUAUUGCCCAUCCUGGGCACCUCGUGGGUGUUCGGGGUGCUUGCAGUAAACCACCAGGCCUUGGUCUUCCAGUAUGUGUUUGCUGCACUCAACUCUUUACAGGGCCUCUUCAUCUUCCUGUUCCACUGCCUCCUGAACUCAGAGGUGAGAGCCGCUUUCAAGCACAAAACCAAGAUCUGGUCCCUCACCAGCAGCUCGGCCCGCAGCACCCAAGCGAAGCCCUUCAGCUCUGACAUCAUGAACGGGGCCCGGCCAGCCACAGUGUCCUCCAGACUCAGCCCCUGGGACAAGAGCAGCCUUUCUGCCCACCGUGUGGACCUGUCUGCAGUGUGA